CAAAGCUGCUAAUCAUUCAUUGAAGUAAGAUAUAGACAUAUCAAUAGAUAGAAGUUAAAAAUAUAUACAACAUCUUCCAAAAUCCAAACAAAUCAUUUGUUUCUUUCUAUCUAUAAAUCUACUUAGUUACAUUUCUUCAUUUGCUCUUUUCAUAAUGCAUUUGCUAGCUUAAAAGAUUGUCAAAAAGGAUGGGGAAAACAGGUAGGUGGAUAAAGAACUUGUUGAUAGGGAAAAAGGAUAAAGUGAAAGACAAAUUAGAAGGAGAAAAGAUUCAAAACUCUAUUACUAACAAUGAACAUCAACCAACAACACCAAUUUCAGUCCCUUCAACAACUCCUAAAGAUAAGAAGAGGUGGAGUUUCAGGAGGUCAUCAGCCACCUCACCAGGUCAGAGGGAUUUGAGUGGCACCGACAUCGUUGCCACCACAGCUAAACAAGAACUUCUUGAGUCAGACAAUGACCAUAAGAAGCAUGUUCUAGCUGUGGCAGCUGCAACGGCUGCAGCUGCUGAUGCAGCUGCAGCCGCUGCCAAGGCUGCAGCAGCAGCGAUCCAACUCACUACUGCUGCUAGAGCCUAUGCACUUGAAGAGGAUGCAGCAGCCAAGAUUCAAGCAGUUUUCCGUGGUUAUUUGGCAAGAAAAGCCUUGAAUGCACUAAAAGGACUAGUGAAGUUGCAGGCCUUAGUAAGAGGACAUUUAGUGAGAAAACAGGCUGCUGCAACUCUCAGAUGUAUGCAAGCAUUAGUGACUGUUCAAGCUCGAGCUCGAGCCCAACGAAUACGAAUGGCUGAAGAUGAAAGUCCCAACAAUCCAAGACAAUCUGUUCACAGAAAAUCUACUCAGGACAACAAAUUUAGGCACUCAUAUCAAGAUUAUGAAGAGGACAUCAAGAUUGUGGAAAUGGAUUUAGGAGAAUCAAAAGGCAAUACAAAGAGUAGAAAUUGCUAUUCAAACCAAGGCCAAACAGAGAGAACAGAACAUGGAUUUUCAACACACAAUGCGCACACAAAUCAAGAACAUCAUCAAUACAUAAUCUCUCCAGUACCAUCAGCUAUAACAGAUCAAAGUCCAAAAGCCUACAGUGGACACUUUGAGGACUACACAUCAUAUCCCACAACACAAAGCAGUCCACAAUACUAUAACAACGCAAUGUCAAAACCUGAUCCAUCAAGAAUCCCAUACUCAUCCUAUGCUCGUUCAGAGUAUGCAGAACCUGAAUCACUUUUCAAUGAGUAUCCAUUUUAUCCAAGUUACAUGGCGAAUACUAAGUCAUCGAUGGCUAAAGCACGAUCUCACAGUGCGCCAAAGCAACGUCCUGAUCAAACAUCAUUUGAGAGACAACCAAGUAGACGAAGACCAUCAAUAGAAGGACGAAACGUCCCAAGAGCUGUGAAAAUGCAGAGAUCAUCUUCACAUGUUGGAUCAACAGCUCAAAAUUAUCAGUAUCCUUGGUCAAUCAAGCUUGAUAAAUCAAAUAUCUCAAUCAAAGAUAGUGAAUGUGGAUCAAAUUGUAGUGUCUUUACUACUCACACUAAUUACUGCAGAUCACUUUUUGGUUUCGACGUUCAAGAACAUAGGUUCUAAAACAAAGGAUGGAUCAGCAGAGCAAUCUUCAGUUUCAUGUCAAGUAAUUUUGACAAAUUUGUAUUUCUAGUACUGAAAGUUCUUUGUAUGUAGAGUUCAUUUUGUUUGUUUAAUAAUCUACCUUUUUUAAAUUUUAUUU